AUGAAUGCUCUUCGAAGGGCAUCCCUUCCCAAGCCUGAGGAGGCAGGCAAAGCAUGGCCUGCCAUCGCCAUUGGCAUGUUUGUUGCCUUUGGUGGUAUCCUCUAUGGUUAUGAUACCGGUACCAUCGCUGGUAUUCUUGCCAUGCCCUACUGGCAGCGCCUUUUCAGCACUGGCUACACAGACGCCAAUGGCAAUCCGAAUAUCACAACAUCGCAAGAAUCAGCCAUCGUUUCCAUUCUCUCUGCCGGCACCUUCUUUGGCGCCUUGUCGUCCCCAUUCAUGACAGACCACAUCGGUCGUCGCCCAGGUUUGAUGAUAGCCACUUGGGUUUUCAACCUCGGUGUGGCUCUCCAGACUGCUGCUACUGCUAUUCCUAUGUUCAUGGCUGGCCGAUUCUUUGCUGGUUUUGGCGUUGGUCAGAUCUCCGCUAUUAUCCCCCUCUACCAGUCCGAGACAGCUCCUAAGUGGAUCCGAGGUGCCAUCGUCGGAGCAUACCAAUGGGCCAUUACAAUUGGUCUUUUACUCGCAGCCAUUGUAAACAAUGCUACAGGCAAGCGUAACAACACUGGUUCUUACCGAAUCCCCGUCGCCGUCCAAUUCGUCUACUCCCUCGUCCUCUUCGGCGGCAUGCUCAUCCUCCCCGAGACUCCUCGAUUCCUCAUCAAGAAGAACAAACCCGAGAAGGCUGCCCGUGCCCUUGCUAGAAUCCGCCGGCUUACUCCCGAUCACCCUGCAAUCCACGCCGAGCUUGCUGAGGUUAAAGCAAACCACGACUACGAAACGAGCCUCGGAACGGCUUCCUAUCUUGAUUGCUUCAAACCACCUAUUCUAAAGCGCCAGUUCACAGGCUGUGCACUUCAGGCUUUGCAGCAGUUGACCGGCAUCAAUUUCAUUUUCUACUACGGAACCAAAUACUUCCAAAACUCGGGUAUUUCCAGCGGCUUCACCAUUUCCAUGAUCACGUCUGCAAUCAAUGUUGCUUCUACUGUUCCCGGAAUGUACGCUAUCGACAAAUGGGGUCGGAGGCCUCUUCUAUUCUGGGGUGCCAUCGGCAUGUGUGUCUCACAGUUCAUCGUGGCCAUGACGGGCACCUUCUCCACCGGCCAGAAUAGGGACGGCACCAUCUUUGUCAAGAGUCUUGCCGGACAAAAGGCUGCCGUUGCUUUUGUGUGUAUCUAUAUCUUCUUCUUCGCGUCUACCUGGGGUCCCCUGGCCUGGGUCGUCACUGGCGAGAUCUUCCCCCUCAAGACCCGUGCCAAGUCUCUCAGUAUGACUACUGCGACCAACUGGCUCUUCAACUGGGCUAUUGCUUACUCCACUCCCUACCUUGUCGACUAUGGUUCCGGCAAGGCCAACCUCCAGUCUAAGAUCUUCUUCAUCUGGUUCGCCUGCUGUUUCCUGUGCAUCGCUUUCGUCUACUUCUUCAUCUACGAGACCAAGGGUCUCUCUCUUGAGGAGGUCGAUCAACUCUAUGACGAAGUCAGUGCUGCCAGCAAGUCUACCAAGUGGAGGCCCACCGAGACUUGGGAGCAUCGCCAGAGCGUUUCAGGACCUGGCGGUAAGAUGUUUGGAAACAACCAGGGACGAGUCUCGCACAAUGAGAAGAAUGAGGUUUAA